AUGGUACAUGUUCACAAGAACCUAGGCGAAGAUAUGGAAAUCCCAUUUGAUGCGCUUUCCUCAAAAGCAGAAGGGUGGAAAGAUGGCCUGCACUUCGCGUUAGAACUGAGCAAGUGGACAAUCCACUAUGAGGAAGAAGUCGCGAGACCGACCGCAACAAACGAUCAAUACGUCCGAGUUUACGUGGAUUCUGCGCUUCCCAGCUUCAUAAAACCAGUGGUGCGACAGAUGUUGGGUGCUGACUUGAGUGAUAUCAUGAGGACGAGCCUUGGGUAG